AAUUUAUGCGACCGUCCCGCAAGGUUCCCGCCCACGUUGCCCAUAUAAGGAGUCAUUAAUUCGCACGCCUCUGCCAUAAUCUUCUUUUCUUCGCGCGCACUGCCCUGCUCUGACAUGUCUGGAAGAGAAGGCGGCAAAAAGAAGCCUCUGAAGGCGCCCAAGAAGCAAGCGAAAGAGGAGGAUGAGAAUGAUGCUGAAUUCAAGCAGAAGAAGAAGGAGGAGCAGAAGAAACUGGAGGAGCUAAAGGCCAAGGCUGGGCAAAAGGGACCACUGACUGGUGGUGGAAUAAAGAAGUCUGGGAAGAAAUAAAGUUCAAGUAUUUGCUCAAGUUUGGCCCAUCCAAGCAACAGAUGUCAUUUGUGUUAGAAUCACUGUUGUCCAUUUGAUCAAAUGGUCAUUUCUGGGUUAUUGUUUUUGCUUUUUGUUUUAAACCGAUAUAGGCUAUCCAACCCUGGAAGUUAAAUGUGUUAAUAAAGUACAUACAAAUGUA